UGGAGUAAAACGUCUGCGCUUGUUGAGCAAGUCCUCGCGACCACUUGGCUUUCAAAUUGGGCAAAUGGUACGAAUCGAGAGGAAGUGCACACCGGUGCCGUACUCAAACUUUAUAUUGUGCAUCACAAUGGAGAUGGCGAGUCCACCGGUAGGAGUCAUUAUAGGGGAUGAGAUCGGCCCAGGAACUGACAGUGAGGCUCCUUGGCUAACUGAACCAGACUCGACUUCGGAGGACUCUGAGCUCAAUGUGACUUCUGAUUUACCAGACUCUGCAGAAGUUAACACUACUGAAAACAAGAGUGCCGAAGCGUCCCCAUCAGAGGCAGUCGCACCUGCUGAUGGUGACGCAGCAGAUGGCUCAGCAUCAACUGAACAAUCAGCGUCUGCGUAAGCAUCACACACAAGUGAAGCCGGCAACAGAAAUGCAACUACAUGAUGAGCGAGCACUCUAAUGGGAUCCCUCUAGUAAGACUCCUAUGUAAUACCAAUUGAGAUUUCAAAAAAAGCACUCGGAAGCGACAGCGAAUUAUUUUCCAUCAUGUACGCUUUGAAAAUACAUGCAGGCAUGUCCUGCAUUGAGCGUUAACUUCUAACGUUUGUUAGCCGGGAAAAAGCAGUGAUUCGAGCAAGAUAAGCAAGUUGAUCUGUCAAUGCCCCCCUCUUAAAGAAGAUCGUCCUGAUGCUCUAAAUAAACAAAAGAUCCAAAAAUAAAUGUACCCAUAGUAAAGAAAAAAAAACGGGGCAACAAAAAAGCCAUAUUAGGAACUUCGUCAAUGGGCGCAGAAAGGCUUGAGGCGCACAAGAUCGACUACUCCAGGUCGUGAGCGCCACCGCUGUGAUUCCGCAAUGACGUCUUGUAGGGCCUCAUAGUCCACUGCUUCCAUACGUAAGACGAUCUUGUAGCGUCCCAGAUGCCACCGCAAAAGCUUCUAAUACCGGUGUCAUGCGUAAAUUUCUGACCG